CCAGGUGCCUAACUGUGACUCACCUGUAUGAGGAACUGGUCCCAGUAACACCAGACCACACUGGCUCCACUUUCACACAGCGAGCUAACCAGCCUCCCAAACAUGUCGAUGCCCUGCUCACACUGUCCUCUAACAUGCUGUGACUCACAUCGCGCGCAAUGAACGUCGCAUGGGGCUUGCUGACGGUUCUGAGUGUGGUGUGCCACACGGAGUCGAGGUGCUCGCCGACGUCUUAUUAUAAGAACUGCUGGAUCCGACGCUUCCCGGGUAUUUUCAUCGACAUCGAGGAGUCUCAGCGCAGAGGAGCGCAGCUGCUGAAGCACUACCAGGAGGAGACGGCGCUCAAAUGCAGCCGCACCUGCUGCCUCACCAGAAACUUUUCCUGCAAUCUGGCCAUUUUCCACUAUGAUACUUCUCAAGAAAACGUGAACUGCUUCCACCUGCACUGUCCCACGCUGGAGAGCUGCAUCCUGAGCCACAGGGGCAACGUUGUUCUGUACAAUGUCACUAAAGGGGUGGAUCCUGACCUGUUGGUGUUUGGAAAGUACUUCACCUCCAAUGUGCGUGUGUUGCCGCACCACUACAGUCGAGCCAACGUCUCUGAGCCCCUGCCCUCAGACAAACGCCAGUUCAUACAUCCGCCCCCGCCCGCUGCCCUGCCUCUGACGUCUGCACCGACUGGUACACGGCCCACCACAGCACGUAGAGGGCUCACCACCACCACCGCCACCACCCUGCGGAGCACCAGUCAGGCUACAGUAGUUCCAACAACAACCACCACACUGUCCUCCACUUCACCUGCUCUUAUAACAGACCAGCAGAGCCAUGCACAAACAGCACCAACCACCUCCACCAAUUCUCCUGCACCCAGCUUUACUGCACCUCCUCCAUCCAUGACAGAUGCCACCCUAAAUCCUGAGACGACUUCUAUCUUUUUCCCCACUACUGCGCAGCCCUCUACAUCCGCCCUUAUCCAGCUUCACACCACCACUUCCUCUCGGCCAGCGACCAGCCCUCCAACCACCACAGGCCUUGUGGGCAACACAGAGAGCAGCAAGCAAUACCCCAAUGACACCAAGGGCCCCCUGGGGAGGAACCACACUGCAGGCGGUGAUGGAGGCCAGGGAGUCAGCGCAGAGGACACUUUGGAGGAGUUGGGACCUGGGUGGCACGUAGCUGCUAGCACCUUACUGGUCGCGGUGGCCAUCUGCGUCACAGUGCUGCUGAGCUGCUGCUGCUCCAUCCUGCUGGUGGUGAGCUGGAGGGCUCACAGGAGGAGGAUGGGGCGCUAUCGGACGUCAUGGAGAGGGAGGAGAGGCUCCAUGCGUCUGAUUAAGUACGUGCUGGUCAGAGAGAGUUCCUGAGAGAGAACUGACAUUACCGUUUCGUUUACGGUAAAGUGUUAAACGAAUAAAUCCAGGACAAAGACAUUCUAUAUAAGUUACAUUUUAGUUUUUGCCUACUUGAUUAUUUAAAAAAACAAUGAAAGCUUUAUUUUAAGCCGAUAGAGAUGAAAAUGUAGUUUCUGUAAGUUGACGCAGUGAGGCUAAUACUGUGUAUUUAAACUGAACUGGCAGGUAGUUUAUGGCUUAGAUUACCGAAGACAUAGUUGUCAUGAUCUUUGGUUUCACUUUUAACCGAGUGACGCAAAUUCAGCCGAUGCAUUCUACCACAGCAAUUCGCCUUAGGCAAGAUGAUAUGAUGUACAUUUGGCUGACCUAUAUUUCGAUGCACUUCAGUGAGUUUCAACUGCUCAUGAUGCCAAACCCUCGAGGACAUUUGCCAGUUGACUAAACCGAGGGCACUUCCAGGCAGAAAAAACCCUGCUACAAUUCAAAGUGUUGUUCGGAUCGUCAGUGACUUGAUGUUCUUUGUGGGGUUGAGUUUUUGCCUCUUGGCCUUCUGUGGUUAACCCUCUUGCCGCUGAGCACAUCUCAGUGCAUUGGGUUUCUCCCGACCUAGAAGGGUACGGACUGCAGACCAUCGCUCUUUAAGAAGGGCGCGGCACUUUUUAACAGCAUGCUGCUGAAAGCAUCCUUUCACUCGGGGUCCCGCUCCUGAAGUUUGGCUGAAGUUGGGCCACAAAGUGACGGACUGGGGCUAAAGCUUCACCCACCUUCCACAUGAACUUCACAGAACAAUCAUCAACAAUA